ACUAAACUGGAGGAGAGGGUAAAAAAGCAGAGCAAAAUAUUGAGUGACUUGGCACUGGAAGUUAAUUAUGGUUCUAAGAUUGACUUCCUCCAUGGCAUGUCAUUAUCAGUGGGCCGGAGAUUUAGACAGCAGUGCAGUAGUGACUCAGUCUGGCAAGGACAACUGUAAAAACAAGAUAUUAUCUUGUUGACUAAGCUAAUUCGUACAAAGGCCGGGGGCAGUCUUUACAAUCAGAUUGCAGAAGAGCAGGCAACAGUGCAACUCCCACCAUCAGCAAUCUUGAAACUUCAAGAUCAAUGCAAUUCUGGGCAAACAAUUGAUGAGAUCAGGAAGAUAUUGCCACCUGGAUAUCUUGCAACCAAAAGAAAGGUUGCUGAGCUAAAGAGCAAAUACAAAUUAGAAUUUGAGGCUAUAAUGCAGCCACAACGAACACCAACUGGUUAUCGCAUUGAGCCCGCCUGUUUGGUUGAAUGUCUGCGGUUCCUUUACUAUUGGCUUCCUAAGGAACAGGGGUGGCACCUUUAUGGGGAUGGGAGAAAGUAUGGCAAGAAAGACACUGUGAUGAUGGCUAUCAGCAAUGUGAACAAUGAGCAGAAGGUAAAUGGCGUAAAGUUUCAAAACCCAAAAGAAAUGUGGCCUGUUCGUGUUUUUCAUCACAAGGACAGCCGUCGAAACCUUGAGCUUAGCAUUGGAGAUGGCCAUGGUGGACCAGGAUACUUGAAUGAAUGGAUUAAAGACAGUCAGAACCUGGACCACCAGGUGUUCCUUGGUGCAGACUCUAAGUUCUUGGAUGCUGUUGCUGAUCCAGAGCUCAGCCCACUCUCCCAAGACAAGUGGAAUCUAUGGAUGCAGUGCUCAGCAUCACAAAAGGGAAAAGUAGAUCCAUCCACAGGACUGAGAACAGACCUCUUCCCAAGUCCUCUUCCCAAGUCCCUGCUUCCUGCUCUCACUGGUGAUCAUAUCCUUAUGUGUAUUAACCAUGGCUUCACCAGAGUUGCAGAAAAUCUAAUAAUGAAGUUUGUCUGGACAUGUCUUGAUCUGGAGUCAAGGUUGGUGUAUUAGUUAAUAUAUACUGUUUGGGCGGUCUGUGUUCAUGAUUAAAACCUUAAAGAAUUUUUGAUCUGACCUAGAAAUGAUAUAAAACACUUGGUGACGUGUGCAAGAAACCUAGAGAGCACCCAAGCGAGAAUGAAG